AUGUUCCGCUUUCACAAGACGCUCGACAUCAUCACGCUCUUCCACAAGGCCAGCUCCCCGGCCUCUGUGCGAGUUUCCAAUCUGCUCAAGCAGGCAUCGACAAGUGCCCAGAAGAGCGCCACGCAAGACGCCGAGACUCGCCGUGAGCCAUUUGAGCUGAACAUCACCGAAGAUGCCCCAACGGUCGACCAGGUGCAGACAAUCUUGGAGUACGUUGGCCAGAGCGGUGCCUCUCAGGUCGUCAAGGGUGCGAGAGACGACAAGGAUGCGCUGAAGAAGUUCAAGGAGAACAAGGAGAACUUGCUGCGGCCAUUGACUGUUGACUGGAGCAAUGGCAAGGCGAUUGCAGGAGACAACGAGUCCGAGAUCUUGAAGCUCCUCAAUGCUCAAAAGUGA